AUGUCUUCCAUUACACAUAGAUCAUCUAACAAGACUUAUAAAUUUGAAACACCGCCAGCUGAUGCUCCAAUUGAGAUCUUAAAUGAAUUUUACUGGACCAAAGACCAGGAACCACAUGUAAGUAGGAGGAAAUUGAUAUUGGCCAAGUACCCAGAGGUUAGAAAAUUGACAGGCUGGGAGCCGAAGACUAAAUGGUACGUGAUAGGAGUAGUUGCAUUACAGCUUUUUGUUGCAUAUUCAUUGAGAAAUACACCAAUUAUGUCUAUAAAAUUUCUCACUUUAGCUUAUGUCGUUGGAGCCACCCUGAAUCAAGCUAUUUUCCUUGCGAUCCAUGAGUUGUCACAUAAUUUACUUUUCAAAAAGCCUUUUCACAAUAAAAUAUUUGCAAUAUUCACCAAUAUUCCUAUAGGAAUCCCAUAUUCUGCAUCAUUCCAACCAUAUCAUCAGCUUCAUCAUAAAUUCUUGGGAGAUGAAUAUUUGGACACUGACCUUCCAACUAACUUCGAGGCCAUUGUUUUGUCCAAUAGUUUAGGUAAGUUGUUCUUUGCAAUUUUUCAAAUUUUUUUCUAUGCAUUAAGACCAAUGUUCAUUACCCAAAUAAAAUUCACUUACAUACACUUACUAAACGUUAUAAAUCAGGUAAUUGUUGAUUACUUGAUUUUAACUUACUGGGGCAAGAAUUCUUUACUUUACUUCGUAAUGAGCUCGUUUUUGGCAGGUUCGUUGCAUCCGUGUGCCGGUCAUUUUAUUGCUGAACACUAUGCAUUGAAUGAUAACAACAAACCAAGAUCAGGAGAUAUUGAGGAAAAGAAGACAGGAAAUAUUGAGAUUCCUCCCCCUGAGACCUAUUCUUAUUACGGACCUUUAAAUUACGUUACUUGGAAUGUGGGUUAUCACAAUGAACAUCACGAUUUUCCAUAUAUCGCUUGGACCAAACUACCAAAAUUAAGAAGCAUUGCUUCAGAAUUCUAUGAUCCUUUACCUUCUGUGGAUUCUUGGUGCGGAGUUAUUUGGUGGUUUUGUUUAAAUGACAUUAAUUCGUUAUGGAAUAGGGUCAAAAGAACAGGGAAAGAAAAACAAGGGCAUAAAAUCGGUAAUCUUGACCAGAAUUAA